UAUUCAGCUGAAAGCAGCGACCUGUGGAUUUGGCGACCUAAAGGACUCCAUGCUACGAGACCAGAUCGUGUAUGGAACGUCAAGCAAGAAGAUUCGAGAGAAACUCCUGCGGAAAAAGGAUUUGACUUUAGAAAUAGCAGUUGAAUGCUGCAAGGCCGAAGAAACAGCCAAUGUCCACAACAAAACAUGGAAUGACGCGGCAGUUAAAGGGUCAAGUGAAGCAGCGGCCAAGGUGGAAAUCGUUAAGACAGUCAAGCAGCAGCAGAAAGACAAGUCGAGAUGUCGCUUCUGCAACCAAGCUCACGCGCCAAGGCAAUGUCCAGCCUACAGAAAGACAUGCUCAAAAUGCAGGAAGAAAAAUCAUUUUGCAGUAUGUUGCAAGACUAAGCAGUCUGGCGUACAUGACGUUGAAGAAACCAGUGAGGCAAGCAGCGAUUUUGAUGUGCUUGAGAUUUUGUCAACCAGCAGCGUGCAUUCGGUCGGCAACCGUGACUGGACCGUGAAUACUACGAUAGAAGGGAAGCAGGUAGAGCUUAAAGUGGACACCGGUGCACAGGCCAAUCUGCUCCCUCGAACAUUGUUUAUGAAGAUCAAACAAAAGCAGCGGCCUCAACACACGACUGCAACUCUGCAUAGCUACGGAGGUGGCAUCAUACAACAUCUGGGAAAAGUCCGCCUGUCGGUAUCUGUCGGCAGAAAACAAGGUUUCAUCGAUUUCUUUAUAGUAAAGAAGGGCAGGCAAGCCAUCAUGGGCCUGAAAGCAUGCGAGCACUUUGGCCUCGUCAACCGGGUCAACACUGUGGAGCACGAGAACCAGCAGCGCCAACAAGUAGAGCGCGAGUUCCCCGGUCUCUUUCGUGGUCUCGGUUGCACAAAGAGAGCCUACAAGAUGGUUCUUCGCGACAACUCCACACCGGUGAUCCAGCCAGCACGCCGGGUGGCGCACGCGCUACGUGCGCCUCUGAAGGCAGAGCUCGACCGAAUGGAGACAGCAGGUGUCAUCGCGAAGGCACCAGAACCGUCCGACUGGUUUGUCCCUGGAAAGAAGCUGGUGAUCGCGGACACACUCUCCCGAAUCUCCGGUGGUUCCCAAGCAGAAGACGACACGACCGACGUCGAAAUACAUGCAAAUGCAGUGUUUUCAACACUGGUAGGCAGCCGGACCCUGGGCAGCCUGCAGGCAGCCACAGCAGGCGAUCCCGUCCUGCAGGAGGCAAUUGCCAGUUUAGAAGCUGGAACUCCAGUUCGGGUGUCAAGCCCUGGGUAUCCCCGCUCCAAUGGCCUCGCGGAGAAAGGCGUCCAGGUGGUGAAGCGGCUACUCCGAAAAGCACAAUCAACAAAAGAGGACUUCUGGCUCGGCUUGCUUAGCUACCGUACGGCUCCGCUGGAAGGCGGUCGCUCUCCAUCGGAGCUUUUGAUGGGUCGUGGUAUUCGAAGCCUGCUUCCAGACUUCUCUUCGGAUCCAGCACCGCCUGUUCAAAAGCACACCCAGAACCUCAAAAAAGGACGACAUCUAGAGCCGCUGCAGCCAGGAGACACCGUCCGUAUCCUAAACGAUGGAAAAUGGGCUACGAAAGCAACUGUCGAGUCCUACGACAACAGAAGAAAACGACGACUCGGAAUCGGAAGACGAUGGGGGACCGCAGUCGCCUGGACCAGACGGUACAGAUGA